AGAGUCACGGACACCGUGAAUAUAAUGCGUUCACGGACAUUCGAUGCGCGCAUGCGCAAAUACUAUAUUUUGUUAUCAUGUCCGGGUAUCUACUGAGUAUCCGGACACUGAUAAAAUUAUUAUCAUAUUAUCAUUAUUUAAUACGUUUGUCCGUACAUUGUUUUAAUAUUAUCAAAAUACGUUUUCCGUACAUUAUUUUAAUAUUAAAAGUAUAUAAAAAGUAUAUAAAAAUUUUAACUAUGCGUGUGGGCGACGUUUUUAAAACUUACGCGGAUUUUGAAGAGGCUUUAAGUCAAUAUAAAAAGUCAACAUUCGUUGACUUUUAUAUCAAAGAUUCAAAAACUGCGAAAUCACAAAUUAGACGGUACCCGAAACUGGCCAAUUCUUCCGAACAAUUGAAGUACUAUUAUGUAAAACUUGCAUGUGUUCAUGGCGGAUCUUAUAGGAAAAAAAAUUCUUGCCAAGAUCUGCGUAGUACUUCAUCAAUGCGACAGGGUUGUGAAGCGUAUAUUUAUUUAAUUGCCAAUGCAAAAGGGGAUGCGUUGGAAUUAACUCGUAUGAAUGACGAACAUAAUCACGAGAAGUCGGAGACAUUAUUUUCUCAUCUCCCAAAUCAGCGAAGAGUCACCCCUCAAGAGAAAAUGGAAGUGUUGGAAUUAAUGAAGUUGAAGGCCAAUAAGAAGUUAAUUCAGCACAAAAUGCAAACGAAGACCGGUAAAGUCAUAAAUCUCAAAGAUAUUGCCAAUAUAUAUACCACAGGUAGAAAAACACCAAGUCACAACAGUUUGAGUGAAAUUGUCGAGCAGUUGCAAAAUACGUAUAAUUGUACUGUUGAAAUAUCAGCUGAUAGCGAUCAAAAUUUGAUUGGUCUGUUUAUCCAGGACAAAAUAAUGCAGAAUACAUUUAAAGCAUUUCCUGAGGUAGGAAAUAUAGAGGUUUAUUGGAAAUUAGAUGUGUAUUUUUAGAUUUGUAAUACAAUGUCAAUAAUAUAUAAACUAAAAUACUACUAUAAAUGUGGAAUACUAAUUUGUCAAUUAUUUCAAUUAUAUAAUAUAAUAAUUUGGUAAU